UGUAAGUUUCGUUUUCCCGUCAGUUUUAUAUAAGAACUAUACGCAGCUGAUAAUGCAAAUAUAUGGAGCUCAUGCACGUCUCGAUCUUUUUUUACACCUUUGUUUCAGAAAAUUCGUAUACUCAGGAUGGGAGUCCGUGGCUUGAAGAGCUACAUUGAGAGUAACAAAAACAUUUUAAAGGAUUUGCCUUUCAGAGACAGUCAACUCAUAAUCGACGGAUGUAACUUGUACUACAGCCUAUACUUCUACUUUCAACUGGAUCAGAUUCACGGAGGAGAUUACGAUGCCUUUAAAGAUUCGAUCAAACAAUUUUUCACAAACCUUAAGGCCUGUGAUAUUCACCCAUACGUUGUACUCGAUGGAGGAGCAGACCACACCGACAAAAAAUUUGAGACCCUCAAGGUACAAAAACAGGGCCGAAUACGAAGGGCCCACAACCUGUCUGUGGGACGAAGGGGGGAGUGCCCACCUCUUCUUAUUAAAAAUGUGUUCAGACAGACGCUUCAGGAACUCAAGGUGCCAUUCGUUCAAUGCCUGGAAGAGGCUGAUUGGGAGAUCGCUGCUCUGGCGAAACAGUGGAAUUGUCCGGUACUAUCCAACGAUAGCGACUUCUAUAUAUUCGACCUCCCAGCGGGACUUUUCCCUACUGUAUGUUUCCGGUGGAAAAACAUAAGAGUGAACAGACUAAACAAAAAGUACAUCCCAACCAAACAUUUUACAGUGGAAAGACUAUGUGCGUCUUUCAACAACAUGAACAAGGAGCUUCUCCCGGUCUUCGCGUGCAUUUUAGGCAACGAUUACGUGAACCUGCAAAACGUUGCCUAUCUCAAUUGGGAGGUCCAUUCAGUUCAUGGUGGCGACUUCGCCCGUAUUGACGGCUUGCUUUGCUGGUUAUCCAAGUGCCCAGAGCCCGAAAUGGCCAUCGAUGAGAUUCUCAAGCUAAUACCACACAACAAGGAUGAAGUUCGAGAAGCACUGUUUAAGGGCAUCAAAGAGUACAAGCUCAAGAAGGGUUCUCUUGCCCAAUUCUUUCACUCGAAAACACCAACACCCUGUUCAGGCCCACUGAGAGCUCUGCCAACGUGGACCCUAAGGCACAUAUUUGAGGGAAAGAUGGGCUCCAUUCUUGUAGAUGUGUUGGUAUUGAAAAGGGUAAUGUUCAGAUCUCAGGUUGAAGAUUUCGAGCGCCCCAGUAGCAGCGAAACAUCUCGUCCCAUACGACAGGUGAUAUACGGUUUAAUACUGUUGGGAGAACCACAAAUGGCAGACAAACACCUUUUAGCUGCUAAAGCAUCUACUGGCACAGACAAGUGUUAUGUCACAGAGUUUGACAGAGAAGGAUUAAAUCUUACCAGUUCUAAAGUUGAAGCUAUAGGGACAAACGUUAAAGAAGGACUUCAGCUGGAAACAUUGUGGAAGGAACCGCAUACCUUGCGACUUCAGGUUUUCUUGGAGGCUUUUGGCGUGCCGUCAGUAACUUUCAGAGGUAUCCCGCUUCACUUGCAGCUGCAGGUGUUCGUGACACGCUUCUGGCUAGUGAAUGCACAGCCUCAGCCGAAACUGCUGCACCUUUGGGGUCUCCUACUGGGGAUGGUUCAGGGAAGGCUCAGCAACAAGCCCAACACCCAAACAGACACACAGUUAAGGCUAAAAUGUCGAGGAAGGAUCCCUAUGGACCGUGAAGCAGCUCAUCUCUACAGCCAAUGGCAGUCCUGUCUGAAGUGGGGUCUCUGUCUGAAUUGUUUACUGUGUCUUCCACUUCCUGAACCCGAGUGUGCACGGUUGUACCGUGGAACUCUGGUGCACCAGGUCGUUCAAGAACUUAAGAGAGGCAUCAGACCCGAGUCUAUGCUGGUGAGGGGCUCCAACGCCGAGCACCUAUUCCGACAGUUGAAUGAUGCCGUUCUGAGUUUGGUGGAUGAAGACGUUAUGAAGAGAAUCAGUGCAGGAGACAUACACAGAUCUGUUGGCAAAACACAAAGCGAUAAAAGUUCCAAAAAUCGAUCCGCAGAUGAACUGAGCAGCUGCUUUGAAGAUCUGAUGUAUGAAGAUACUGAAGACUGUAAUGACGAAGAAGUCAAUGGAGAAGAAAGGAAGGCCAAAGGUCACAAAGCAGACAAGACUGAAUGUUCCUCCUACACCAUCCGUACCAGACACAAAGCCAAAGAACGCAACUCUAAGCAUCCCUCUAAGAAAUCUGAGAGGAGAUGCUUUGAGUAGAUAUCUUGACUUUCCGAAAAGGAUUUACAUAAUACUUGUGCUCAGGGUUGUAAGAACGAUUUAAGGUGAGAUUUUAGGGGCGAUCCAAACAAAUGCAUUUACAGUAAACACUUUUAAAGGACAUGUUGAAAGCAUGAGUACAAGAAUAAAGAAACCGGUGUGUAAAAAUCACUUACCUUGUUAACUCAUAUCAUUAUCAUGUGAAUGCAGUUAACCGGGUAAUCUUGGCACAUAUGCGCAAUAAAACCAAGGACACAACCUUACGUAAACACAACACAUUAAACAAACACAGAAACUGUACUUCAACUCACCCAGCUUUAAGAAAAGCUUUUACGAUUCUAUUCAUUGUGAGUUAACUGGUUAAAACAAAAAGUUACCUUACAUUGUGAUUUUCUGUAAUGUGACCUGCUAUAUAUUUCAGAUGUUAGUAUCAAGACUGAUAGUUGAUUCAACCAUAAUUGUGUUUUUGUUGCUUCUUUAUGUGAGCUACCAAUAUAAAACUGGGCACAGGCUUGAAAGUCUGUGACAUUUUGAAAAAAAUGAAUCAGAUUUUGUAGUGUUUAUAUCCCCAGUGUUCAUGUACUGUUUGAUGUGUUAAUGUCUGGAUUCAUGCAACUGUCCUAAUUUAGAUGAAACAUAAGUAUUAAUUUGACAAUGUUUUUCUUAUCAUCUACCGGUUGACUGUUAUUAAUUUAUAAAACUGAGAGCAUGUCUGAAAUUAUUGUUAAAGCGAUAUUUCACCCAAAAUGAAAAUUCUGUC